CUCUCGUCCAUGUCCGUCGCCCAGCGUAUGUCUUGGGCCGCCAACCGCGAGACAACGCGCAUUGAAGACAUGGCGUACUUUCUGUUCGGCAUCUUCGACGUCCACAUGCCCCUGAUCUACGGCGAGGAAGAGAAGACGUUUCAGCGGCUACAGCAUGAGAUCAUCGCGUUGGUCGCUGACAUGGGCAUUUUUGGCUGGUCGCUGGUGCCACCC